AUGUAUUAUUACGCAAAAAGUCCAACAAACUAUGCAUUUAAAAUCCAGAUAACUGGCGGUUUUAAUCAUCGAAUAGUUCAUGCGUCUAGAUGUUAUCCGGGUAGUGUACAUGAUCUUACUAUCUUAAGGGAAUCAGAAUUAUUAUAUUAUACAGAAGAAAAUGUACAAAUCAUCGACGAUAAGGCCUAUAUCGGUGAACAAUAUGUUAUUACUCCACGAAAGAAACCUCGAGGUGGUCAAUUAGCUGCUGAAGAUAAAGAUUUUAAUCGAUCUAUUUCCAGUGAAAGAGCAGUGAUUGAAAACUAG